AUGCGCGACUUGGCCGGAAACCAUUUCAGCGAAGACCUGCUACAAUCUCUCUGGCUGUCGAGACUACCUCAUAACGUACAAACCAUUUUAGCUGCAUCUAAGGAAAAACUCCAACAACAGGCCACCAUGGCCAACAAAAUAAUGGAAUUAGUCUCCCCCGCUCACAUUCAAACGGUCAAACAUGACCUUGCCACUACCUCCACCUUGAAGAACCAGGUUGCUAAAUUAGUCCAGCAGGUCAAUUACCUCACCAUAUCCAUCAACAACCAACGCUGCUCCUUCCCACAUUCUGAUUACCCUCCCAACAACAGAAGGUGCAGCAGCAAAUCGCGGCAGAAUCAACAGCACAGCAUCCCCCACAACGGCAUGUGUUACUACCACACUACUUUUGGGGAGCAGGCAAAAAAAUGCAAAGCCCCUUGCUCCUUCCGACUGUCGGAAAACUGA